GCACCUUGCGACGGGAGAAUGUACCGCCAUUAUCAUUCGACACUCCGUUCUAGCACGCGACAAGCCGCCCACAAUAAAAGAUGCGUGGCUACGUGGUCACUCACAUACAUCUGAGCUCAAAGUACCGGCCGGAUGCCUUUACAUCACCGGCACUCCCAUUCAGUGCGACGAACGCGCCGCCCUGGGGAUAGCCAUACUCACCGGUACAGGAGGAAUGUAAGCGUGAAGUCCUCACUGCCCAGUGUCAUUUCCAAUUCGUCAUCAUUCCUUUCUUUCAUCACCGGAAGGAUACCUAGAUACCUAGGUAUAUGGCAGUAGAUCAGAACUUUGCAGAGAUGAGUGUAAACCCAAGUGGUGGCGAUGGGUCAUCGCCUCCUCCAUACAGUGGGCCCAUGGCAGAUCCAACACAAGCAGCCUCCCGUGCGAUCGCAGAUGACUCGAUCACGACAGUGGUCUCAGACACGACAAUCGAAACGAUUAGCGACGCGCCCAAGAGCGAUACCGAACCGAUGCAAUACAGUCGUCAGAAAACUCCUUCAACAGCAAAUCCGGAGAUAAUCAAACCGAAACCAGUCCUGACAAAGAUUGGAGUCGUCACGCCGCUGCAAGACCUAAGAUCUGAGCCCGCGUUAAUAAACUGUCCGUUCUGUGAAGCAGUAACAACGACCAAAGUACAUCACAAGUGGACCGCAGAAACAAUGUAAGGUUUGCCGUUUCGCUCGGUUCGGUUUGACUCAAUAGUCCCACUGAUUAUCGGAGGCUAAUGUGCGCAAUUCUCUCAGCUUCUGGGGAUUUGUGUCCAUGGCGGUUGCUUAUUUCCCCUGGGC